AUGGUGGGAAGAUGCCGUGUGCCCCAUCUCUUGGUUCUUCUCACGUUGGUGCUCAGCGGGGACAGAACCGAGGCACAAAGAGCAGGUUGCAAGAGUGUUCACUAUGACCUUGUCUUCCUCUUGGAUGCCUCCUCCAGCGUCGGAAAAGAAGAUUUUGAGAAAGUUCGUCAGUGGGUGUCUAAUUUGGUGGAAACCUUUGAGAUUGGCCCAGACAAAACCCGCGUCGGGGUGGUGCGAUACAGCGAUCGUCCGAGCACAGAGUUCGACCUGGGAAAGUACAAAACCCGUGAGGAGAUCAAAGAGGCUGCACGACAGAUCCAGUAUUAUGGGGGUAACACGAACACUGGAGAUGCUCUCAGGUACAUCACCACCUACAGUUUUUCCAAAGAAGCCGGUGGGAGACUUAGUGAUCGAACUGUUAAAAAAGUGGCUAUCCUUUUGACUGAUGGAAGGAGCCAGGAUUUUGUCUUGGAUCCAGCCACUGCAGCCCAUCAGGCUGGGAUUAGGAUUUUUGCUGUGGGUGUUGGAGAAGCCUUAAAAGAGGAACUUGAUGAGAUUGCUUCAGAGCCCAAGUCUGCUCACGUGUUUCAUGUCUCUGAUUACAACGCCAUCGAUAAAAUUCGCGGGAAGCUGAGGAGGCGCCUCUGUGAGAAUGUGCUGUGUCCAAAUGUCCACGUGGAAGGAGACCGGUUCAAACACACCAGUGGGAGCACCGAUGACAUCCCAGGAUUUGACCUGAUGGAUUCAUUCAGUGUGAGGCAGAUUUUUGGAAUGAAAGAAGAUGGGAUUCAGAGCGCUUAUGUACGGCUUGGAAGCUUUCCUGUUGUUCAGAAAACUGAGGAUGUAUUUCCACAAGGCCUGCCUGAUGAAUAUGCCUUUGUCACUACCUUCAAAUUCCGGAAGGCUUCCAGGAAGGAAGACUGGUAUAUCUGGCAGAUUAUUGACAAGUACGGCAUACCACAGGUGUCGAUCCGGCUGGACGGGGAGAACAAGGCUGUGGAGUACAACGCCGUGGGGCUCACCAGGGACGCUGUCAGGGUGGUUUUCCGAAACGCGCGGGUCAGCGACCUGUUCGACCGCAGCUGGCACAAAAUCGCCCUCAGCAUCCAGUCCAAGGCUGUCUCGCUGUACAUAGACUGCAAGCUGGUGCAGGUGCUGCCCAUUGAGGACAGGGAAAACAUUGACAUUCAAGGAAAGACUGUGAUUGGCAAACGCUUGUAUGACAGUGUCCCCAUUGAUUUUGAUCUUCAGAGGAUGGUGAUUUACUGUGACUCCCGGCACGCCGAGCUGGAGACCUGCUGCGACAUUCCCUCUGGACCAUGCCAGGUCACGGUCCUGACGGAAGCACCUCCCCUGGAAGUGAGGCCCACUGUUGGCAGUGAGCAAGUUGGACAUCUCAAGAUUUUCAACUGCUCCUGUCCUCCUGGACAAAAGGGGGAGAGGGGUCCACUUGGCUUUGAAGGUCCCAAAGGUCAAAAGGGAGAAAGAGGCAUCCCAGGGCUUCCUGGACUCCGAGGAGAGAAAGGAGAGUCAGGCAAAGCCUAUGGCAUAGGAGUAAAAGGAGAAAAGGGUUCCCUGGGCUCACCUGGCCCCCCUGGGAGGGAUGGAGCAAAAGGAGAUACCGGUGAACCAGGACAGCCAGGAGCAUAUGGGCUGCCUGGGCCAGCAGGUCCAAAGGGAUCCGAGGGAAAACAGGGUCCGCCGGGCAUCAAAGGCUACGUAGGUGCACCGGGUCUACAAGGAGAAAGAGGAGAAAAGGGAACACGAGGAGACAAGGGAGACAGAGGCCUGGAUGGAUUCCCUGGAAAGCCAGGUGUGGAGGGGAAACAGGGUCCUCCUGGCAGCCCUGGCCCUCCUGGUGCUAGUGGGACCAAAGGAGACAAGGUAACCACAGGUGAGCCAGGACUUCCAGGACUGCCUGGCACUUCAGUGCACGCUGAAGGCCUAAAAGGAGAGGAAGGAAAGCCUGGACCACGAGGACCGCAAGGCCACCCUGGACUUCCUGGACCUCCAGGAGAGCCUGGUCUGGAAGGCAAGCCUGGAGUCCCUGGUUUGCCAGGUCAAAGGGGUAAAAAGGGAGAACCAGGAUUCCCAGGAAUCAAUGGUCUGAUUGGCCCUCAGGGACCUCCAGGGCCCCCAGGCACUGCUGGACCCCCGGGACCGCCUGGGCCACCGGGACUGCCAGGAGAGAUUGGAGUUUCUGGUAAAACUGGACCACCUGGACCAGCUGGGCUGCCUGGCAAAGAUGGACUCAGUGGGCUUCCAGGGCUUCCAGGUCAAAAGGGAGAACGAGGGGAAAAGGGUGAGGAAGGCUUUCCUGGAAAAGCUGGCCCUAAGGGUGAACCAGGGAGCCGUGGCCAGCCUGGUGAGCAGGGUGAAGCAGGUUUUCCUGGUCCUAGGGGCUUACCUGGACUGAGAGGAGAAAAAGGAGACCGGGGAGAAAAAGGAAAAGACGGUCUCCCAGCAAUGAAAGGUGAAAGAGGAGAAAAAGGUGACACAGGUUCCCCUGGACCCCCAGGCGUACCUGGAACAACAGCCUUCUUCACCCCACACCCCAGGAUUCCUGGUGAACCUGGACCAAAAGGGGACAAAGGAGAUCGAGGAAUGACUGGAGAACCUGGAUUACCUGGGGUCCCAGGUGAGCAAGGUGUGCCAGGACCUGCAGGAGUACAGGGUGCAAAGGGGGAGAAAGGAGCCCGAGGAGAGGCUGGAGCCCCUGGAGAGACUGGUUUGAGUGGACCAGCAGGGCCCCCAGGUCCAAGGGGCUUGCCAGGAAAUGUGGGUGUGCCUGGAAGCCCUGGAUUCCCCGGAAAGGCAGGAGAGAAGGGGGAAAAGGGUGAUCCUGGAAAAGAAGGAAAAGUGGGUUUACCUGGGCCACCUGGUGAGCCAGGGCGUGCUGGAGAGCCAGGUUUGCCUGGGAAGGGUAAAGAUGGAGAAAGGGGGGAAAGAGGACCACCAGGCUUGCCAGGACCCUUUGGACAUAAGGGUGAGAGGGGAGCUCCUGGCCUCCCUGGACAGCCAGGAGACAGAGGAGUGCCAGGAGUCGGCCUGGCUGGACCCCCUGGCCCUGCAGGACCCCCGGGAGACAAAGGGUCACUGGGUCCUCGUGGUGUGCCUGGGAUCCCUGGACCACAGGGGCCUCCUGGCCAGGAUGGUGUACCAGGAAAUCCAGGGGAACGAGGACCUCCUGGAAAACCUGGUUCCCCACCCCUGCUCACUCCAGAGGACAUAAAUCUCCUGGUAAAGGAUGUGUGCAGUGAGUGCCCUCCUGGCCCACCAGGACUGCCAGGCAUCCCAGGUUUCAAAGGGGAUAAAGGUCUCCGAGGACCACCAGGUAGAGAUGGCCAGGAUGGGAAAAUGGGGAUUGCUGGUCCCAGAGGUCCUCCAGGCCCACCUGGGCUCGAUGGCCCAAAGGGUGCUAAGGGAGACCGUGGCAUGACUGGGGAAGUAGGAGAAAAAGGUGAACAGGGCCACCCUGGAAUGCCUGGCUUCUCAGGGGCUCCUGGAAACCCUGGUCCACCUGGAUCAGAUGGGGCACCAGGACCAAUAGGACCAGCAGGAAACCCAGGAGACACGGGCAAAGAUGGUCCCCCAGGUCCACAGGGCCCACCAGGGCUGCCUGGACUUCCAGGCAUUGCUGGGAAUGAUGGCAAAGAUGGCAAACCAGGAUCUCUGGGGGAGCCGGGAAAACCUGGAGAACAAGGGCUCCCAGGCCGGGAGGGUGCCAGAGGAUUGCCGGGUUUCAAAGGACAGAGAGGAGAUACAGGUCCCCCAGGUCCCCGGGGGGAGCCAGGUGUGACGGGUCCUGCUGGUCGUGAGGGGCCACCAGGGAAGGAUGGUGAUCCUGGUCCCAUAGGACCACAGGGCCCUCGAGGACUCCGAGGGCAGCCGGGCAAAAAUGGAGUGCCUGGAUCUGCAGGAGAACCUGGCCCAGCUGGUAUCCCAGGUCCCAAAGGAAAUAAAGGAGAAACAGGCAGCCCAGGACUCCCUGGCUUUAUAGGACCCCGAGGACCACCUGGAGAACCAGGAGAGAAGGGUCCUCCUGGGAAAGAGGGCACACCAGGGAAACAGGGUGCAAUUGGCUCCAAAGGAGAGAGGGGUGAACCUGGCAUCAAAGGUGAAAAAGGCCUUCAAGGAGAAAAGGGUCCUCCAGGUGAUCCUGGGAUACCUGGUCAUAAGGGCCAUCCAGGACUGAUGGGUCCCCAUGGACCUCCAGGAGACAAUGGGCAAGUUGGACCUCCUGGUCCUCCGGGGCAGCCGGGAUUUCCAGGACCAAGGGGAGAACCCCCAUCUCUAGAGACUUUGAGGAGACUCAUCCAAGAGGAGUUAUCCAAGCAGCUAGAUGCAAAGUUACCCUACAUCUUGGCUCACAUACAGCCUGCACAGGUGAAAGCAUCUCAUGGCAGACCAGGACCUCCUGGUCCCCCUGGGAAGGAAGGACUCCCAGGAAGAACUGGCCCUCCGGGAGAGCCUGGCCGGCCUGGACAGACUGGCUCUGAAGGGCCACCUGGACCAAUUGGUCCCAAAGGAGAAAGAGGAGCAAAGGGUGAGAAAGGAGACACUGGCAUUGGUCAACGAGGGGAAAUGGGUCCCCCAGGAAUUCCAGGCCUCCCAGGGGAGCCUGGUUAUGCCAAAGAUGGGAUGCCAGGACCCCCUGGCCCUCAAGGUGAAGCUGGUGUGCCAGGUCUGGCAGGUCCCCAAGGACCCCCGGGAGCCAGUGGACAGUGUGACCCCUCUCAGUGCGCUUACUAUGCAAGCCUGGCUGCCCGGCCCUCCAAUGUCAAAGGGCCAUAG